ACCGUUGAUUGACAGAGUGUAUUAGAUUAAUCUGUGAACACAAAUUGAAAAAAUAAACUUUUUCUAAUUUCUCGUCUGUCUAAAACAUAAACAAAAUGUUGAUGCCAUUAACAAUAAAAUCAAAUCCCAAUAAUAUCGAUCCUUGGAUCUUUUACUUUACCAUCCAUUAGCUGUGAGCCAAUAGUAACUCUUUAAAUUCACCUUACACAUCAUCGAGACAAACAAAGACCAACGACAUUUUCCCUUUGUUUUUCAUCCUUAUCUUACUUUUUCAUCAAUAUUUAUUUCUUUUGUCCUUGUUAAGCCUCUCUUUUUCCAUCUAUUGCAUGUGCGUUAGUCACUUUACGUUUCUUCUUUCAUGAAAUACAAUUACAUUGAGUUUUACCAUAAUCUUAAACGUUCAACAAAUUCCUUUCCUUUUGUCUACUCUUCUUCUGCAACAAACCUUGACUUGUUAGACCAGACUUGAAAGUUUUCAACAAAACAAUCAACCAGUUACAAAGAUUCAAAACCAAGAAACCAAAUUCUUAGCCUUCAAAACCGGUGUACUUUUUUUUCGGAUUUUCUCAUCGUUUGGUUUUCUUUUCUAUUAAACCUGAAUACAUUACUGAACCACUCCGUUUCACCGGAUUUGAAAGAAAAAGUGAGUAGUAAAUUCUAGCAGUAAAAAUGGCUCAUCGACCAAUGUCUGGACAAUCUCGAAACGAAAUGUUAAUGGCUGAAAAGGCUGGACGAAUGUUGGAUAAAGCAACCGAUCCAGUUGAGAAGCUGCGAUAUGCAUGCUUAAAACGUGGUGCAUCUGGAAUUUUGGGAUUUGGAAAAAUUUUCCGUCGAAUGGAUAAUGAUGGAAACAGAACAUUAAGUUUAGACGAAUUUGCUCAAGGUAUUCAAGAAUGUGGUGUAUAUCUAACAAAUGAUGAGGUUUCACAGCUAUAUACCAAAUUCGACCGAGAUGGUAACGGAUCAUUAGAUUACAACGAGUUCUUGCGAUCUAUCAGGCCCCCCAUGAGUCAAAAUCGUAUAUCAUUGAUUGAAAAAGCAUUUGCUAAACUUGACUCUAAUGAAGAUGGUAAUGUAACCAUUGAAGAUCUUAAACACAAAUAUAAUGUCCGAAGUCACCCUGAAUAUCAAAAUGGAUCUUUAUCUGAAGAAGAACUCUUGACUACUUUCCUGAAUAAAUUCGAAGAGAAUGGUGCAACUGAUGGCAUCGUUACUAAGGAAGAGUUUAUUGACUAUUAUGCUGGAGUAAGUGCAUCCAUCGAUGAUGACAUGUACUUUGACUUGGUUAUGCGACAAGCUUGGCACAUUUAAGCGACAUUCUCGUUAGUUGAGGACUGCAAUUGUUCACGACAGCCAAUACAUACUAACUCUUUCACUCUUUAUGGACUUUGUUCUGAUGUUAAUGUUCUAAGCCAUUUGGAAGUCCACAGACUACUUUCUGACUGCCUACGAAAACUUUAAAACGAUUGAUAUAAAUUUUCUUCGUACUUAAAGCUUAUGCUAUCGUAAUGAUCAUUGAUUUUGGCUAAUUUGGGAAUUCUACAUCCAGUUUAAUCCAAAAUUAUUCUUAAAUGGAUCUAAAUAGAAAAACUUCCUUAUGUCGCAAAUAAAUAUGAUUUGAAUUAAUA